AUGCUACCGGCAUCCGGGCUGGGACGUCCAUGGUUUGAUAUCCAAGCCGAACCACAGACAAACGUGGACAUUGUUGCCAUACCACCUAUUGGAGCGCAUCAUCAAAAAUCAUGGACUGCACCGGGCUCAGAUACACCCUGGCUCCGGGCCGAGUUGGUUCAUCGGAUGCCCAGGGCACGGGUUAUGUUGUUUAACUAUGGGCAACUGCACGAGCAUGACAAGAUCGAGGGCCUUGGUCAACGAUUGUUGAAUCUCCUGUUAGACGAACGAAAAAGUCACAGUUCUCGCCGCCCGUUAUUCUUCAUUUGUCAUAGCACGGGAGGCCUCGUGGCGAAGGCAUGUUUGGCUCUCGCGUCACGGGCCGAGCCGAAUCAGGCUAUCCUGACAAGCUGCUAUGGAAUCGCGUUUUUUGCGACUCCCCACCAAGGCUCAAGUUAUUUGUUCGCAGAUGAGUAUGUGACGAGUAUUCGUCACUUGCUGCAUCUUGAGCAGGAAAUUCCCGUGUCCCUUAGAGAGCAGUUUCGGCCUCGACAGGAGAAGUUAUGGCAUCUUUCUAAUCAGUUCAAAGUACUAUCAGCGGAUAUGAAAGUCUGGUCUUUUCUUGAGACCAUUGACUCAACUCUGACUGUAUUGGAUGUAGAGCUUGGAACUACCAUGGAGUUCCAUGCACCCAUCACAUCCAUCCGAUCGGGCUUGUUGGGCAUCGAGCACGAAAGUGAGAGACCUAUGGCUACAGAUCAUGUCGGAACAGCAAGCUUCCAGGGCCUGGAAUCAUUUCGAGACGCUUUUCUGAUCGAGCUAGCCGAUGCAGUCAAUGUAGCUGUUGAACUUUCAGGUCAUCAAGACACUCCGUUGAAUGUUGAACAGAGCGUAAUUGUUCAGAUCAACGGAUUCUUCGAAGAUGCUGCUCUAGGCGUCAGUGAUGAGACACCGCUGAAGCUCUGGUCAACUCGUGUGUCUUUAGAAGAAUACCUUAUUCGGGGACCUGGCGCAUGCCUCCGAGAGCGCUUGAAGCGCAUUCAGCCUCGUGGGCUAGAUGAUUCUUCUCUAAGCAGCUUUGACAGCCGCAAUUCUUUUUCACACCCCGUGCCAGAACCAGAGCACCACGAACAUCCAGAAAUAAAAGAAGAGCAGCAGGAAAUAGAGCACAUUAUUGAUCCCAGACCUUCCCGACCUCCCGUGCGAGAAAGCCGCAGCUUCAUGGUACCGGAGCACCUCUCACCAACAAUUCAUAUCACAGAAGCAGGAGGCGAUGGAUACUUUGAUCGCGAUCGUCCUUCAAGCGAGAGUCCCCCACCGCCAAUGGAACGGAAGCGGAAAUCGUCAAUUGCGAAAGUGCUAGGCCUUACCCAGUUGCGCGCUCACAAGCGCAACACAUCCGACGUCAGUUCACAGGGAAGCAGUUCUCGUCCAGUAUCAAGCUCGACUUCCCCACCACAAAGUGCCGGGUUCUUGGCAAUUCCUCCUUCUACGCGGGAUCGUAUCAAUCAACUUGGAGAUGCACCGGACAUUCCUCGUUCCGUGCCUCGUUUUGAUCGACCCGAACCCGACACAGAGAAGCUACUUUGGAUCCAUGUCCCUUAUACGCAUCCUGGGUGGGUAUCGCAAGUUAUUCGACGGGCCUGUCAAGAUCGCCAAGAGCCAAAUUUUCUGAGGAAAUUCAUUAACGACAAGAAUUGGUAUCUAAAUCUUAACCGCGCUCGACAUUUAGAGCCGCAUGCUCGAUUCGUCCGGCCACAGUGUAUUCAUGCCCGCCAUAUGGAUGUUUCUCAGGGCGCUAAGCCUGGGGCGUCUGAAGAUCCUCAACUGGCCCUUUAUACACCAUAUCUUCAUUGGGACACGUAUCGCAAUCUCAUCCAGCGUCGCAAAGUAGUCGAAGACCGACUUCGCCAGGGCCGCUCUCGCCCAAUCCCGCCUCGAAUCGCAAAAUCCAGUCUAGAAGCACAACUAAUCUGGCAAUAUCUGGGUUGCGAGCCGCCCAUCCAUUUCAGACGCACUCUGGACCAGUUCGGAUACCCCAAUCUACGAUCAACAGUCGCUCGAGAUGAUGAUCAAAUGUUAUGGAAGCGUACACGCAGACCGGCCCGUUUGGAUAAACAACUUCGAGAGUAUCUUGACGCCGCGAGCGAUGAUGCCGAAGACUCGGAGCCAACAGAGUUCAUGGAUGGUAAUGUAUUGAUGGUUGAUCAGCUGUGGAUCUGGAUUGUUGACCAGAAGACCAUUAUCACAUUUUUUCCUAAUCAAGAAGCCACAACAUCUGAGGGCAAGCUGUUCGAGCAGUCAAAUCUGCACAGCAGCAUCUAUAACGAGCUGAAUGGAGACUUGGCGCGUCGGUUUGAGACGGCUGGUGAUCUUGCGGCUUUGAUUAUGUUACAUGCCGUGACUGUUCUUCUUGACCGGACCCUUCAUCAUGAUCUACAGGUUUUGAGAAUCUUUGAAGAGUCAAUCAGUAUCUUGACGGAGUCAGUGACGAAAUCAUUUAAACGUUUUCGUAAUCGUGGGUUCGCCGACCGACCGGCUGAUCAUGAUCGAACCGCUGAGGGCAGGUUGAUGACAACUGCGCAGCGCGAUUAUCGAGACCGCCAGGCAGCACGACGAAAUCGAGACGACUUAUCCGUUCUACUUGAACUCCGAGAUAUUGAAGACGAGCUUUCGACUAUUAUAAAGCUUCUAGAUCAGCAGGAUGCUGUCAUCAAGAGUAUGAUGAAGUACUUUGAGCGAGACGGUUGUGGAAAGAUGUUCCUCGACGCUGCACAGCUAAGAAUCGACGAGUAUCGAACCCAACUAAGUGAGAUGAAAGAAAACAGUCAUCUCGCCCAAAAAGCAGUGGAAACUUUACUCGACCUUAAGCAGAAACAGGCAAAUGUCGACGAGGCCAAAAUGGCGCGCUGGCAGGCAGAAGAGACGCAAAACCAGUCAAGAUCCCUGAUGGUUUUUACAAUCUUCACUGUAAUCUUUUUACCACUGUCUUUUUUUACCUCCCUCUUCGGAAUGAAUGCGCGGGAAUGGAGUGGCGAACAAGCUAACCUCCCUUUGGGCGUAAUGUUCGAAAUUGCUGCCCCAGCGUCAUUUGCCAUCAUCGCCGUGGCUCUCCUACUGGCCUUUAGCCAAAAGCUACGAGAAGUAGUGACAAAUUCUCACAAAAUCGGAUCUGGUCUAUGGUCCGACUUCAUAUCCAACCCUUUCAAGAGCCUUAUGCGUUGGAACUCUGUUAAAAGCCGAAUCCCUUCGCUUGUGCCAAUUGAAAACACAAGGUUGCGGAACCGGUUUGACCAGUAUCUUGGGUAUACACAACAUCGGGUCAAGUUUGACGAGGACUUCUGGAAGAGGAGGCAAGAGGACAAGAACUCGAUAUUGGAGGUGGAAUGGAAGAACUAUAAGUUUGCCCAUACAAAACACGGGGAGGAGUCGGAGAAGCUGCAAAGAGUACUACAGCAGGCAUCAGUCUAA